AUGGCUGGAAAUCAGACCCCGACGGCAGAUACAAUGAUAUCACCACAAUCUGUAAUCCUGGUUCUAAAAAAUACUGAUGAGUUCCACCAUCCGGAACAAUCCAAUGAAGAAAUGUGGAUGAACCGUCUGGGUCUCGCUGCUAUUGGAUACACUCCGGAUGAAAAAGACAUCAGGCCCAAUGAAGAUUACUGGAGCGAGAGCGACCAGGAUGAUAUUGAUGGCUCCAUGACCUUGAAGCAGGAACCGGCCACCACCGUGAGCGACGCCUAUCACCGAAACUCCACAGGCAAUUCUUCAAGUCCCUUUCCCGAACAGAAACACGGGGGGCGCCACUUUUCCAGCGAAUCCACCUACUCCCACUCCUCCGCAGAGGAGUCGCGGCAGGACGCCACCGGCAGCACGCACUCCUCAGGGUGUCGCCCCACAUACAGAGAGCGCCGGUCUUGGCAAGACCUAAUAGAAACCCCCCUGACCAGUUCCGGGCUCCACUUCCUACAGACGGUGCCUACCGACUCUGAGAAUGUGGAGGGCAAGAUGGGGAUGUCGCCAGAAAAGCGCAGGCAAGCCACGCUACCAGUCCAGAGGCGCCACAACCAUGAAAAAGACGGACCCUUCCCCCUAGCAGAGUGUCCCCGGAGUCACACAGCGCAUGCUCGAACGCAAAAGCAGCGCAGCCAAAGCUUGCCAAGGAACAGGGAUGGUAGGGGGAAGAACCGGGCAAAGAACAACACAGAACCAUUAGAAGAAAAGAUGGAGGAUGAGUUACCAAAGAGGAAGCACAGCAGUUCCAGUAGAGAAGACAGUAAGAACGAGAACCGCUCCAGCACAGACGGCCUAGAGGAGCUCUACAAGUCUCUGGAACAAGCCAGCCUGUCUGCCUUUGGUGAGCAGCGACCUUCUACCAAGCAGGAGUUCAAGAGGUCGUUUAUUAAAAGAUGCAGCGACCCCGUCAUCAAUGAUAAGCUGCACCGCAUCCGAGCACUGAAAAGCACUUUAAAAGCAAAAGAAGGAGACCUCUCCGUCCUAGACUGCCUCCUGGACGACCCGGCUUUUUCAUCCAAGAAGUUCAGAGACUGGAAACAAAAAAACUUUGAGUUUUUAAUGGACAUUUGCGAGUACAGCGGAACCCUGAAACCUCAGAACGGUGCCUCUGAACUGGCCGCGCCGGCACCCCAGCUCACGCACACGCACUCCUUCAUCGAAACGCACGUCUGAUCGGAGGGAGCCGCGCCAACGAAACGUCCGCUGGGUGCCCUGGAAGAAACGCUGUAAUAUUUGUACAUAAUGUAAGGAAAACAGAUUGUAAAUAGAUUGGAUACCAGAACAGUGCCACAGGAUGCCUACGACAUUGCAUGAGCAAGCCAGUAUUAUUAUUUCUUACAAGUAUUUUACUUUGUGGUACGCACCGAGGUCUCAGAAAUCCACCCAAAGAAAAGAACUCCCGCUUAAGAGUGCACCUGACGUUUUUUUAUGGAGG